AUGCCAACAAAUGAAACAUUCAAUGACAAGUACUCGAUGUCACCUUCCUACAAAGAUCUUCUCAUCGAUUUCUGGAAUACGAUCAUUUGGUAUUAUUCAAACAAUCGAAGAUCAUCUAAAAACUUCAUGCACAACUCGAUGGGGUCAUUUAAUUUCAAUCGCUCGGAUGUUCUCUGUAUUAUUUUCAUCUCAGUAUUCUUUACGUUGAUGCGAUACAACUUUCAAUCAAUCGUGUCAAAGAAGUUUACCAAAUGGCUUCAACUGACACUUGCGAAUGAGAAGAAAUGUUCUGAAUCAGCAUGGAAAUUUCUUUUCUAUACUUGGGCAUGGUCUUAUUGUUGCUAUUUAGUUAAAUAUCGAUACAAUUAUUUCGAUGAACCAUAUUCAGUUUGGGAUAAUUGGUCAGCUGGCAUGUUCGUUCCACUUGACAUCAAAAUUCUUUACUUUAUCCAAUGUGGUUUUUAUAUUCAUUCAAUUUAUGCGACGCUCUAUUUAGACUCGAGACGAAAAGAUUUUUACAUUAUGAUUCUCCACCAUGUCAUCACAGCAACACUUAUUUUUGUUUCGUAUGCAAUUCGCUAUCAUAGAGUGGGUUUGUUAGUCCUCUUCUGCCAUGAUAUUGCUGAUAUUUGGCUUGAAUUAACGAAAAUUAUGCGGUAUCUUAAUACUAAACAAGAUAAUCGAUGGGAACAAGCAUCGUAUCUCGGAUUUUCUCUACUUGUUGUUUGUUGGUUUACCUUUCGAUUAUAUUGGUAUCCGUUGAAAGUGCUCUAUUCGACUGGAGUUGUUGCUGUUUACCGUACUUUAGAUCGAGGUCUUCAUCUCUAUUUGCCAUUUAACAUUCUCCUUUGGAUUUUGUUUCUUUUGAAUACUUAUUGGUUUUUUUUGAUACUCAAAGUACUACAAAAUGUAGUUUGUGGACGUUUAACUCAAUCAGGUGAUGUCAGAGAAGAGGAUGAAGAAAAAUUAUCGACGUCAAAAGGCAAAUAUCUACAUAAAAAACGAAUGAGUUAA